AUGGGUUGGCUCCCGAGCGGGGUCCUGCUCCCGGGGGGCGUUGCCCUACUGCUGCUGGCGGUGGGGGGCUGCGUGGUGGGGGUCUGGGUGACAGUCCCUUUAACUCUGCCUCCUUUUCUCUUUGUCUCUCUCUCUCUCUUCCCAGGCUCUUCCUCCUCCUUCCACUCCCUGCGCUACUUUGAAAUGGGGAUGUCUGAGCCCAGUCAGGGGCUGCCCCAAUUCAUCGCUGUGGGCUACGUGGACGAGCAGCCCAUCAGUCGCUAUGACAGCAUCACGAGGCGGAAUGUGCCUCGAGUCCCCUGGAUGGAGAAGGUGGAGGACUAUGAGGCCGGCCUCUGGGAAAGGACUAACCAGAUAUUGCAGAGUACAGAAUAUGUCUUCAGAACUAGCUUGGAGAUCCUGCGGGGCCGCUACAACCAGAGCCGUGAAGGGCUCCACACCCUGCAAUGGAUGUCCGGCUGCGAGGUGGGGCCGGAGGGGCAGCUCAGCAGGGGGCAUUACCAGUAUGCCUACGACGGGGAGGACUUCCUCGCCCUGGACAGGCAGACCCUCAGCUGGACGGCCCGCGUCCCCCAGGCCCAGGAGACCAAGAGGAGGUGGGAGGGUGAGCCCCAGUGGGCCCAGCGCUUCAAUGCCUACUUGGAGGAGGAGUGUGUGGAGUGGCUGCAGAGGUACCUGGGCUACGGCAAUGAGACCCAGCAGAAGACAGAGGCCCCAAUGGCAAGGGUGGCACGCAAGAAGGGCCACGAUGGCCAGGAGACCCUCUUCUGCCAGCUCUACGGCUUCUACCCCAAGGAGAUCGAGGUCGCCUGGAUGAAGGACGGGGAGGACCAGAAGCCAGAGACCUAUUCAGGGGGUGUCGUCCCCAACUCGGACGGGACCUACCACACCUGGCUCAGCAUCGAGGUGGACCCCAAGGAGAGGGAUCGCUACCGGUGCCGGGUGGGGCACGACAGCCUGCCGGAGCCCCUGGACUUGGCCUGGGAGGAGCCAGGAUCCAACGUGGGGCUCAUUCUGAACAUCAUUAUUGUGGUUCUUCUGGCUGCUGCCACCAUCAUGAAGGCUGGGCUCAUCUGCAUGAGUAAGUAA